UUCCUCUUCCGACGAGAGGCGGGGCCCUGGCGUCCGCGGGAAACACGGGGUGGUGGUUUUCUGCUAGGGGCUGCUGCGGAAAUGGCAGGUUUGGGGAGUUUGGUCCUGCGGCCUUGGAUUCGAGACCUGGUCCUGGAGUCAGAUGCACUCUCAAGUCCGCAGGCGGGGCAGCUGCUCGAGGUGUUACAGGAGGCCGACGCUCCGGGCCCGUCCCACGCCUCUGACCCCUCUGACGUCGCAGCGGCGCUCCUUGUGUCUGACGGGACCCACAGUGUCCGGUGCCUAGUGACGCGGGAGGCCCUGAACGCCUCGGACUGGGAGGAGAAAGAGUUCGGCUUCCGAGGGACAGAAGGCCGGCUGCUGCUGCUGCAGGACUGUGGGGUCCGCGUCCAAGUCGCCGAAGGUGGCGCGCCCGCAGAGUUCUACCUCCAGGUGGAUCGCUUCAGCCUGCUGCCUGCAGAGCAGCGCCGGGAACGGGUGAUUGGUUGCAACCAGGACCCAGAUGUGCAGAAAAAGCUCUUUGACUGUCUGGAGGAGCACCUUUCAGAGUCCAUCUCCCCCAGCGCAGGACUUUCACUGUCCCAACUUCUGGAUGAAGUGCAAGAGGACCAGGAGCAUCGGGGGGCGCUAGUGCAUCUGGCUGAGAGCUGUCUGAUGCUGGCAGGCCCUUGCACAGCACCCCCCCUCACCCGCUGGACCUCCUCCUGCCAUAGGGCCACGGGAGAAGCUGUGUACACUGUCCUCAGCUCAUGGCUGCACAUCUCUGAGAAUGACCAGCGAGUUCUGAGCUCUCUGCGCCCAGGUCAGAGAGCACCAGGCCCUGAGCUGCCUCCACCAGACCCAGGUUUGCAGGACCUAUCGCUGACCCUCAUUUCUCCUUCCUCGCCUACUUCCUCAGGAACUCCAGCUUUAUCCAGCCAUGUGUCCUCAGAGGAAAGCGGCGCCAGCAUCAGCCUUCUGCCUUCCCUGUCCUUGGCUGCUUCAGACCCAGUGCAAAAGGGCAGCGCCCAGGCUGUACCAGCCAUCUGUUCAGCCCCUGGCCCCUUGCCCCCUGGCUCCCCACACCCUAGCCAUGUUCCCAGUUCCCCACUCCUGAGCUGCACCCCAACUCUGUCACCCCUUGGCUAUGUACCCAGUCCACAUCAGGCCACUGUGACUAGGGCCCAGAAACCUAGCCUGGAAUUCAGGGAGCAAGGGUUGCCCCCCAAGAACUGGCAGCACUCUCCAAGGACAAAAAGCACCCCGGGAGCCCUGGAGUCCAGCCCUGUUUGGGACCCUCCAAAGCGGCAUCGUGAUGGUUCUGCCUUCCAAUAUGGGUAUGAGCCACCCUGCACCUCCCUCUGUGCCCAGGUCCAAGCCGUCAGGCUCCCUCCCCAGCUCGUGGCCUGGGCCUUGCACUUUCUAAUGGAACCACCGCCGGAUUCUCAGCUAACCCAGGUGUGAGGGAUCAUGGGGGAGGAUAUAUGCACACAGAUCCAGGCCUGGGAUAGACAAACAGUGCUCCACGCUCUGCUUCUUUGAGUUUUUUAAUAAAAUAAUCUCAUGCGGCAGGAAAA